CUCUCGCGCUCCUCCUGGCCAAAACUGCCGUGCUCCUCUCGUGCGCUUCAUUCAGAUGGAUAACUUCAGGAACAUGGCUAUGCCAAACACUUCACUUUUACUUUUUGUUCUUCAAAUGUGCGCUCUUGCUUGGCAAGCUUGGGCGCUGGUGGAUCUGAGGAUGGAGGACACUGUAGAGGUUUACAUGGACAAGUCUGCAGAAAUCCCCUGCCUGUAUACCUUCACCGAGCAGCCCAUGAUGGUCAUAGUCCAGUGGUUUGUGCGGGAACGUGAAGGUCAUCGGGUCCGAAUCUCAUUCAGCGAUCUGACCAUGCAGAAGGUGGAUGAGAACACGACCUACAGCGAUCGUAUCAGUGUGCGAUCCAGCAGUGAUGGAGAAACUCUGACCAUUCAGGAUGUUAAGCUGUCUGAUGAAAGAGAGUUUUUCUGUCAGGUCAGUGGAUUGUCAGCAGGCAGUGAAGAGGGCAAGACUGUCUUGAAGGUUUUUGACCCCCCAGAGCCUCCCGUCAUUGAAGGUGUCCUCUCUGGAGUUUCUGUGUCCGGUGAAUCCCCAGCUAAGAUUGCAUCUUGUGAGACCAGAGAAGGCUUUCCCAAGCCGAACAUCACAUGGUACCGUGAUCACAUCCCCAUCCACCCCACUAGUGGCUUGGCGAACAUGGUAACUCUACUGACGAGGGAAUCCAGUGGUCUAUAUACAGUGCAAAGUGAGUUGCAUUAUAAGGUGACCAAGGAAGACAAAGACGCCCACUUUUCCUGUGAAGUUAGCUAUUUUGUCCCAGGAGCUGUCAGGACAUCCGAGUCCAAAGGCAUCAAUAUUACAGUUCACUACCCCACGACCAGUGUGGAGAUAUGGAAAGAAUCGCCCGAGGGCUUGGUCAAAGAGGGGAACACAGUGGAGCUCCGUUGUCAAGGCGAUGGGAACCCCCCAGCACCCAUAAUUUUCAACCGAGAACAAUCAGACGUGGAGCUGGAUUCCUAUCAGGGGCUGCUGGUUCUGAAGGAAGUGUCUCGGGCAGAUAGCGGUGUGUAUGAAUGUCACUCUCUGGACUUGGAUGCUGUGAACCAUGAUGAGGUGGUGGACACCCUACAGCUCACUGUGCACUAUCUGGACCCAGCUGUGGUGGUGCCCAAAGACUCGGAGGUCAUGCUGAAAGGAGAGAGUCUGACAGCCACUUGCAAUGCCCUGUCGUCGUUAGAGACCUCCACUGUGUGGUUUAAGGAUGGGAUUGAGGUCGGGAGAGGACACAUAAUGCAGCUGCAGGAUGCCACGUUUGACACAGCUGGACAGUAUGACUGUGAGGUGACUGUACCGUCUCUUCCAGGCCUGCUGACCAGCGGUUUUGUCCAUAUCAUCGUACAGGGCGCGCCUCAGAUGAAGGAUGCGGAGAGAGAGAUUGAGCUGAUGGAGAAAGUAGGGGGUUGGGUGAAUUUGAGCUGUGAGGUGAGAGGUUACCCCAGACCCACCAUCACCUGGAGCAUCACCGGCAGUCAGUCUCAGAGCUGGCGUGAGGUUGUUAAAAGAGAGAUUGAGGAUCAAGUCUACAGCAUUGUGAUGCUUAAAGUCACCACUGACACUGUUGCUGUCUGCAAUUCAACAAACGACUUCGGAAUAGAGACCAAGACUUACAGCAUCAGGCGCAUUCCAUUCUCCCAGACUCCAACAGCUAGAAAAACUUCAGUUGAUAAUAGUGGAGUGAUUAUUGUGGUGAUUAUUGUCAGCAUCCUGUUGCUGGCCAUCCUGGGUAGUGUCUUCUACUUCCUGUAUAAAAAGGGCAAGUUUCCCUGUGGACGAUCAGGCAAGCAAGAAAUCAUUAAUGCCUACAGCACCAAGGAGAAGACUAACAAAGAUGACAUCGUCGUAGAGAUGAAGGCAAAAAAGACAGAGGAGUCUGUGCUACUGAAGGGCGUCAAUGGGGAACAGAAACCUACCAAUGACCAGAACAGCACCCUUAACUCAUAAGCGGAGACUUGUGGGCGACUAAAGAUGGCGUCUGUACCUCCCUGCUGACCCAACAAUCAAGUCUUAAGAGCUGGAGGACCUCUUGUGGAGCAGCCACCUCCUCUGGAUAAAGUGGACUGUACUUUUGUAUCUCGUGUGUGAGCAGCAGUAUUCAUGCUUGGAUAAAUGGGACGUAAGCGAUAAAGGAAGAUUGUUCUCUGUUCUUCAUUGUUUUUCUUCAACCAUCGACCAAUUUCAAGACCACGAGUUUCAUCCUUUAAACACAAGCAAAAUGAAUUACUGAGUAAAAACAUUCUUACACUCUGUCAGCACCACAUUGCAUCCCAAACCAAUAGAAUGUUGCAGGGAUGAUAUAUUUUUGUAGGCCAAAAUCUGGAAAUGAGUUUCCGGUUCCAUCAUUCUUUUGGUUGAUUGUCUGAAACAAGGUCUGUGGUUAAUGCAAGCUGAGGGUAUUCUAUGACAUCAAAUACGGUAAUCCAAAAGUCAUUGGAAAAAUCCUGUUGCGUUUUUGUCAAUGAAACCAGGGUGAUGCUUACUUCCGGGUCGGCCUACAAAAAUAUAUCAUCUCAAGCUGUUGCAGCAGGCGUGAUGUUGCACGAAUUAAAGGAUUAGUUCACUUCCAGAAUA